AUAAUGAUCUCAAAAUGGAGUACGAGCAAGAUCCCAAUAACUAUCUUGAAUUAUUAAGAAGACAUGGAGUAAUGAGAGGCAUGUACACCUGUCCACAUUGUGGGAAAUUUUGUAGAGAUUCCCGACAAAUUAGUAUUCAGGUGCAACAAGUCCACAAUAGUUAAUGGGAUUAUGGUCAGGUGUAUUUUUUGAUUUCAAUGAAA